AUGCCUCCCCUCCCACGGGGCGUGGUGAAAGUUGUCGGCGCACUGCGUGGUGACAACAUCAUUCGGAUCAUGCAGCGGCAUCGUUACGUUAUUGAAGAAGCAGAUGACCCCACAUAUGACUUCCUGUGCGGUGGAACUUGUGUUGUCUUCGUUGAUGAUGCCGACGACCUGUCGGAUGCGGCGCGAAGGACAAAAGUGUCACAACAACUCAGUGUUCUGAAGACUCAUACUGGUGCCUCGUGGCGUUGUGUUGUGCUUCUUCUCCGAGUAGUGUCGGAAGAGGUUCGACCUGAUAUCCUCGCAUGGCUUAACUUGCACUGCAGCGUAGAACAAGGUUGUGGUGUCAUGCUUUUUUGGACAGAUGAGGAAUGUGCUGCCUAUUUGGAAGGUUUAUCAGAUAGUAACGUUGCUACCGCGGAUUAUUGUGUGGGUGUGCGGAGGGAUAGUACCCCGAUGCAGCUACUCAUUGAUGCAUUAACGCAAACACCGCAACUAAUGACUCGUAAUGACGUUGUUCGUGCAGUCAACAGCUUCGGAUCAGUUGCAGGACUUCUGACUGCGACGGCGGAGCAACUUACGGAACUGCCGGGUUUCGCGCAAAAGAAAGCGGGAAGACUUCACGCCGUACUUAACGCGCCUUUCAACACCUCUCGCUGCCUAGUAGCUGACGUUCUCCAAAGGGAUCAAGACGAAAGCAAUGAUGAAAGCAGCGAGAGACGACCAGCUCAAGAGACAAUGAAGCAGGCACUUCGCUGCAUUUAUGAUCGUGAAGAUGAAGAUGUGCAGGAAGGUGGCCAAUGA